AUGGAGACGGAGCGACCACUGAGCAUCCUGCCGUCGAUCAAAUGCUCCGACUGUGGUGCAGAGAUCCAAAUCUCUGCUAUGGGAGAGCACGUGUGCACACCGACACAGAAGGAAGAUGAAGCAUCGCAAAAACCCAGGUCGCCAAUUGCAUCACCAGCCACAUCGCCCUCGACAGAGAGGCAACCAAGUUCGUUACCGCCCGUCAAGCAGAGCUCGAACAGGGCACCCUCGAAACCGAACAGAACCCCUCUCCCUCGCAUUGAUCCCUCUGUAGCAAAAAUGCUUUCGCCCGACGGAUCUCACAGCUCAGGACGUCGUUCUCCCUUGACACCACACACUGGCAGACCCUUUCGCCCUGGGGGGAUGCGCAGCGCGACCAGCCCUAUCCCAAGACUACCACGAGAACCAUCGCAAGAGCUGACGGGCAAUAUGGAUUGCGCGUUUCCGCCAUUCCCUACGGCCCGAUCCAAGUCAGCUGCAAGAGCCAAGAGCCCUGUAGCUGAUGCAUACUAUGCACCCCGGAGUCCUAUGGGCACUGGUGGUGCCAAUGUCGUGCGUAAGCUAGACACGAUCGCGCCGGGGCCUUUCAACGCACCAGUACGCAGUACAUCUCGCUCACCUUCUGCGAGUGCAGGUGUUCAGGCACCACCGGCCAUUACCAUAGAUCAACCGCCGGUCGAAAGAGCAGCUUCCCCUGUGUACAGAUCUGCAUCACCCGUCAGCUAUGAGAGACCCGCUUCUCCUCCAGCAAGAUCUGCCUCUCCGCCACAAGCCCCUGCCUCGCCUAGUUUGUCCUCUGCUUCGACGUCUCCAGGUGGCACCAACCGUGAGGGUCGUCCAAUUCCGCAGCGUCCUGUCAGACCAGAGCCGCUGGAUGGUUUCCUUGCUAUGCUCAAGAGCGAGUCUGAGGCUGCUGGUCAGCAGCUGUCGAACAUGACCAUCCGCUCGAAUACCUUCCCUCUUCCACCUUCCAAACCAAAGUCUCCUGAACUCAAACCCGUCGUCAGAAGCCCUUCGGCGCCACCUGCUAGGCAACGACGACCAACAAUUUCUGCUCCUUCGCAAAGCGCUCCUUCUGAUUCGCUUCCCACUAUUUCAACCACCCCACCUCCUGCACUUCCGCCAAUGCCCACCAUUGAGACCGCUAUGGCUCCAGCACUUCCUCCACUGCCUUCGACAGCCGAUGUGCAGAAGCAUGCUCACCCUGUUGUACACGCCCCUUCGGACUCGGCUUCCUCGGCUUCAUCGACGCGAAGCUUCAAGUCGGAUAUCAGUCCUCCUGUUUCAGCCUCGUCGAGCGUCUCGAUGCUCUCAUCGACUCUAGUCACGUUCGAAGAGAGACUUGACAGUCCGACCGAGAAGAUGGACCGCUUCCCACUCAACCCCCUCCGUGCAUCUCACGACGCCGAUCUGCCCGAGUCGCCUGUAGUCCCUGGUUUUCUCCCCAAGCGUCCUCAGAGUCCUAUGUCAACCACAUCUACCCCUAUGGCAUCUCCUCCCACUGAGCACGGCUUCUCAUCCAGACCUACAUCCUCGAAGCGACCAGGCACCUCAUCCAAGCAUAUCUGCAGAGGCUGCAGUGAGCCGAUUCAAGGCAAAUCCGUCAAGGCUGCGGAUGGUCGUCUGACUGGUCGUUACCACAAGCAUUGCUUCGUCUGCAAGACCUGCAAGUCAGCUUUUGCGACUGCUGACUUCUACGUCAUUGACAACAACCCAUACUGUGAGCAUCACUACCACGAGCUCAACAACUCUUUGUGUGUCCAUUGCGACCGUGGCAUCGAAGGGCCUUACCUCGAGACCCAGCAAGCACAGAAAUUCCAUCCUAGCUGUUUCACUUGUAUCGACUGCCACAAGCCACUCAGCGAUGAUUACUUCGAGAUCGCUGGCAAGGUCUAUUGCGAGCAGCAUGCCUUCGCAUCCGUCCAACGUCAAGAAGGGCUCGGACCCAAGAGAAAUAUGGAAAGAAGAACCACGCGCUUUAUGGUCAUGUAA